UGACAUUUCAUAUUGUUUUUUUCUGUUCUGAGAAGGAACACACAAAUCCUCCUUCUUUGGCGUUAAGGCGACAAUUUCUCAAACAAUCUUAACAAGAUGCGUGUAUCUGUUGCUAGAUUGACCAAAAUGGGUCCCAAAUUGAAGGAGUUGCGCCUUCAUUUGUGUCAGACUGGAGAAGCCUCAAAGGGCGCCCGGGAAUAUGUUGAACGUUUUUAUCCCGCGUUGAAGAAGAGCAAUCCUGAGCUGCCAAUUUUGAUCAGAGAAUGUGAAGGUGUUCAACCUCGUUUGUGGGCUCGUUAUGCCUUGGGCAAAGAAACCUCAGUGCCAGUGACAAAUCAAUCUGCACAGGAUAUCCAAAAACACGUCGAAGCUCUAGGCAAAUAAAGCUUUGGGGAAAUGUUGCAGAAUAACUACUCUAAAUAUUACAAGAAAUAUUCGAUAUAAGCCAAUAAUAUUGUAAAAAUAAAUAAAACUGGAUGUUUACCCAAA